AUGUCGGAACUUACAGAUCACGAACGCAUAACGUUACUGAUGAUGCGAGGGUGGGGUGAUCGUCGCAGAUCUUAUAAUGAAACGUUGCAGAUAUUUAAUGACACUUUUCGGGUUGGUAAAGUCCCUAUAUCAAAAUCGACGGUACACCGCACAAUCGCACGAUUCGAAGAAAUUGGUCAUGUCAAAAAUCGAUCAAAGUCUGGUAGAUCGGUUUCUGCAACAAAUGCAGAAAAGUCUUUAGAUGUCUUACAAUCGUAUAUUGAGAAUCCGCAUAUAUCUAUUCGAAAAUCUGCGCAACACCACGACAUCUCCCGAAUGUCUGUGCAUAAAAUCUUAAAAAAGAAUGAAUUUCAUCCUUACAAGAUUCAUCCAGUUCAGGAAUUAUCUGAAGACGAUUUCGAUCGUCGUGUAGAAUUUUGUGAGGAUGUCAUGCAAAGAAUUGACAUGGAUCCUGAAUUUGCGACCAAAAUAGUCUUUUCUGAUGAAGAGACAUUUAAGCUGAAUGGCAAUAUCAAUCGCCAUAAUUGCAGAUUUUCAGAUGAAAAUCCUCAUUGGAUGAUUGAAGCUCACACGCAACAUCCGGAAAAAUUGAAUGUAUGGACUGGACUUCUUGCUGACAGGGUGAUUGGUCCUUUCUUCAUUGACGAUAAUUUGACUGCUGAAAAAUACAGAACAAUGCUUGAACGCGAUAUUGUACCAGCAAUACAACGUGUUGGUGACAAUUUUAAUGAAAUCUGGUUUCAGCAGGACGGAGCACCUGCCCAUUAUGGUCGAGGUGUACGAGAAUACUUAAAUGAAGUAUUCCCGAACAAAUGGAUAGGCAGGAGAGGAUCAAUAGAAUGGCCACUUCGAUCUCCAGAUCUUUCACCUCUGGAUUAUUUCUUUUGA